CUACUGAAGAAAGGUGUCCAAAGUGCUCUAAUCCUAGAGCAUAUUUCAUGCAGAUACAGACCAGAUCCGCCGACGAGCCUAUGACAACAUUUUACAAAUGUUGCAAUCCUCAAUGUGGUCACAAUUGGCGCGACUAAAGUGCUAUUUCUUACUUGGUGGAAAGAGAACAAUUUCGUAUGCAAGAGAAGUGGGUCCAAUGAGUACUUUUAUAAAUUCAGCUCAUAAAGAAGUGGAAGCGCUAAUGUGGCAUGGUAAUCAUUGGAUGUGCAAAGGAAAACGAACCUUAGCAGUAGCUGUCGCAUUAUUACAGAAAAAUGAAAUUAUAGCAGUUCCAACCGAUACAAUAUAUGGUCUUGCUUGUCUUGUAUCAAGCACCAGUGCCAUUGAAAAACUCUACGAAAUUAAAAAACGCGAAAUAGAUAAGCCAUUAUCCAUUUGUGUUAGUAACAUAAAAGAUAUACAAACAUGGGGCGUUGUAGAUCAUGUACCAAUUACUUUGUUAUCUUGGUUAUUACCAGGACCCUAUACCAUCAUUCUCAAACGAACUCCUGCUUUAAAUCCUGCUUUGAAUCCCAAUCAUGACACGGUAGGCAUCAGAGUUUCAAGUCAUAAAUUUAUAAGGUAUAUAACUGAAGUAGCAGGACCUUUAGCGCUAACAAGUGCUAAUAUAAGUAAUGAACCCAGUUGCAUAUAUGCUUCGGAAUUUAAAAACUUAUGGAACAAAUUAGGUGGAAUAUUUCAUGAUUGUAGAAAAUUUAGUAAAGCGCAUAACUGUUUGAGAAGCGGAUCAACAAUUAUUGAUUUAACCGAACCGGGACGUUACAAAAUUAUUCGUUAUGGAAUUAGGGCAAAGGUGGCUGAACGUAGGUUAAAAAGAUACAAUAUAGAAUAUAUUUCUAAUUAAAUCUA